ACUCCAUUUCCAUGAACUAUUUCGUUUCGUUUCUUUUAAACGCGAAGGAAGUCUUUAAAAUUUGAGCGCCACCUUCACGAACAUUCUGAAGUCGCAAGUAAACAUUUCAACGCCGAUUUUAACGAGUCGGUAGAAGUAAACAUAAUUCAAGAUGUUGUCCAUGAAUCCUGUUCAGAUCUUGUCCCGAGGGGCUGAGGAGGAAAAAUCUGAAAUAGCUCGUAUGUCCUCAUUUGUUGGCGCCAUUGCCAUUGGAGAUCUUGUUAAAAGUACCUUGGGCCCAAAAGGAAUGGAUAAAAUUUUACAAUCAAACGACCCUAAUUGUACUAUACAAGUAACAAAUGAUGGUGCUACUAUAUUAAAAGCUAUUGGUGUAGAUAACCCUGCAGGAAAAGUGUUAGUGGAUAUAUCAAAAGUACAAGAUGAUGAAGUUGGUGAUGGUACUACAUCAGUUGUUGUUUUAGCUUGUGAAUUAUUGAAGGAAGCUGAAGAUUUAGUGAGUAAAAAGAUACAUCCACAGACUAUUAUAUCAGGUUGGAGACAGGCUACAGAUGCUGCAAGAAAAGCUUUAGUUGAUGCUGCUAGAGAUAAUGGAAAGAAUCCAGACAAAUUUCGUGAAGAUUUAAUGAAUAUAGCCAGAACAACCCUUAGCUCCAAGAUUCUCACUCAUUUCAAAGAACAUUUUGCUAAAUUGGCUGUUGAUGCUGUACUCCGAUUAAAAGGUAGUGGUAAUUUAGAUGCCAUUCAGAUUAUCAAAAAACUUGGUGGAGCUUUACAAGAUUCUUAUUUAGAUGAAGGUUUCUUGUUAGAUAAGAAAGUUGGUGUUAAUCAGCCUAAGAGAGUAGAAAAUGCCAAGAUUUUAAUAGCUAAUACACCAAUGGAUGCUGAUAAAAUUAAGGUAUUUGGUAGUCGAGUUCGUGUAGAUGCUGUAGCAAAAGUAGCAGAUUUAGAAACAGCUGAGAAAGAGAAGAUGAAAGAUAAAGUUAAUCGAAUCAUCAAACAUAACUGUAAUGUGUUUAUUAACAGACAACUUAUUUAUAACUACCCAGAACAACUAUUUGCUGAUGCAGGUGUAAUGGCUAUAGAACAUGCUGAUUUUGAUGGUAUAGAACGUCUAGCAUUAGUUACAGGUGGUGAAAUAACAUCUACUUUUGAUUGUCCUGAUAUGGUUAAACUAGGUACCUGUGAUCUUAUAGAACAAGUUAUGAUUGGUGAAGAUCAGUUAAUCAAAUUUUCAGGUGUAGCCCUAGGAGAAGCUUGUACAGUUAUUUUACGUGGAGCAACACAACAAAUAUUGGAUGAAUCUGAAAGAUCUCUGCAUGAUGCUCUAUGUGUUCUAUCACAAACAGUUAAAGAAACUAGAACAGUUUUUGGAGGAGGUAGUUCUGAGAUGUUAAUGGCUGAUGCUGUAGCCAAGUUAGCAGCUAAAACUCCAGGAAAAGAAGCUGUAGCUAUGGAAGCUUUUGCUAAGUCAUUAAGAGCAUUACCUACAUGUAUAGCUGAUAAUGCAGGAUAUGAUAGUGCUGAUUUGGUUGCCCAACUAAGAGCUGCUCAUACUGAAGGAAAACACACAUAUGGUUUAGAUAUGGAACAAGGUGUUGUAGGUGAUAUGGAGGCUCUAGGAAUUACAGAAUCUUUCCAAGUUAAAAGACAAGUUCUACUUAGUGCCGCCGAAGCUGCCGAAAUGAUAUUACGUGUAGAUAAUAUUAUUAAAGCUGCACCUCGACAAAGACAACCUGACCACAGACAUCAUUAAAUGUAUCAUAUCCAGUUAUUCAUUUCAAUAUAUACUACAUUUUAUCAUAGCUUCAAUGUAAAUUGUAUGAUAAAAAGAAUCAAGUGCUAUCUGUUUUUUUGUAUAUUUAAUUUAUUUACCAUUCUCAAAUCUCGGACAUGUGACACACAACAGUCUUGCUUUUCGUAAUUUUUUUGUGAUAAUAAAAUGAUAUCAUGA